AUGGCGACUCGCGUCCUGAAAGCCAAAAUAUGGAUCAAUUCAAUCUGUAUGGGAGCCUUUUGGGUUCAUUUCACUUUCGCUGUCUCGAAAGCCUCGAAUUUGAUGAAAAUCCUCACCGCGAAACAACUCACAGUUGUUGUUAUUUCGCUGCCGGGCUUGGUCUUCUUCACCACCAUGGCUUCGACGUGGACGUAUCUCAUCUUGCUAUUUGGGCUGUCUCAGCCUUCUCGAGGCCCCUCUGCAGCGGGGCAGCGGGGACAAGAGCAACGGUGUAACGGCUACAUUGACUUCUGGAAAAAUAAUCGGAAUUGUAUUGGAUGGAUGGCAUGUAGCUUCCUGAUCCCUCAUGACGCGACCGCGACCGUGACCACCGAAGGGUCGCCAUCGACACCCAAGACACCCUCGCCGGAAGCUCAGCCAGUGCACAAUUCCAAGGCAGGAAUCGAUUCUGAUGGGGUACACGGGGCUGAGGGGCGAUGA